AUGCCCGCUGCGUCUGCACUUCCGGCGGCACUGCCAUCUGCCACCGGACACGCCACUCGUCGCCUAUCCUCAUUCGCCAGCCUCUUGUCAGGAGUAACCAUGACGUCCUCGAUGGCUGUCGUCAGAGGUAAGGUAGAUGCGGUUGUUGGCAGGCCCGCAAGGUUUAUGUUGGAGGCUAGCUGCAUGCAGCUGCAAGCAAGCAUACAGCGGCUCUGUGUGAGGUCCUGCCCUGCGCUGCUGCCGUGCUGCAGAAGGCGAGAGACAUUGCAGUGGCUGGGCUGGCAGCUCUCACGAAACGUUGGACUCACUCACAUCAGAGGUCGCGAAGAAGGCCGCGAAGCACUACUACUAGCUAUCUCAUACGACAAGCUUGCCACAACCGGUCGCCCGGUCCCAUGGCUCGAGUGUGAGAACGUGCAAUGCCUCAAAUUUUCCCGUUUCUUCGGGCCCACCUCAACAACAAAACUGCCGUUCUCAUCUUGUUGGUCGGCCAUGGGAACCCCCACCAACGACUCGCGCUGGCUCAAUAACGAUUGCAACGUGGGCGCCGCCGCCGCCGCCGCCUCCUCCUCCUCUUUCUCCAGAAAAGAGAGUUUCUUUUUUGCGGCUGAAGGUAACGCACUGUCACCAAUAGAAGUGCAGUAG